UACGCAUUAAUUGUGCUGUAUGUCAAGAUUUUAACCUUUGCGUUACCUGUUUUACUUCUGGAGAAGAAUUGGAGAAGCAUAAGAGCUGGCACGAUUAUCGUGUUUUGGAACAAUAUUCGUUCCCAUUAUUUAAUGAAGAUUGGGGAGCAGAUGAGGAAGAAUUAUUGAUUGAGGGUGCAGAAAUGCAUGGUUUGGGUAAUUGGGCAGAUAUUGCGGAAUUCAUAGGGAAUCGAACAAAGGAAGAUUGUGAGCAACAUUACAUGAAAACGUAUGUUAAUAGUGAGACAUGGCCAUUACCGGAUAUGAAUGUGAAAUUUCAAAUAGAUGAAGAGACAAUGCGUGAACGAAAACGGCGGCGUUUGCAGACUAUAGAAAAUCGAACCCAAAACACAACGCAGAAAACUCCUACAAAAGUACUUACUUAUGAUUAUAAAACUUUGCCUGCGAACCAUGAAAUUGCGGGAUACAUGCCACACCGCUACGAGUUCGAAACAGAAUACGAAAAUGAUGCAGAACUAGUAAUUAAGGAUUUGGAAUUGAAUGAGCACGAUGAUCCACAAGAUUUCGAAAUGAAAACCUACGUUUUGGAAAUAUACAACAAAAAACUGAAUAAACGUGCCGAACGAAAAAGACUAAUAUUUGAACAUGGAUUGUUGGAGUUCAGGAAGAAUAAAGCGAUUGAAGAUGAAAAGUAUAAAAGUAAAGAAGAAAAGGAACUGUUAAGUAAAAUCAAACCUUUUGCACAAUCUUUGUGCAAGAAAGAUUUCGAUGAUCUAAGAGAUGAACUAUUUGAGGAACUAAGCACUCGACUCGAAAUAAGAAAAUUAAAAGAAUAUCGUCAAAUGGGAAUAAUGACACUAAGUGAAGCAACUAAAUAUGAAAAAGCAAAGGCGCAGAAGGAAGCAAAUCGAGAACUAGCUGCUCGACCAUAUAAUGGUCAUACGAUCCCGAUAUCGUAUAGCGAUCGUCUGGCAGUAAAAUAUAUUUCUUCCAAGAUGAAUGAGCAUCAUUCACCAUCAUCUCCUUAUGGUAACAAAACACUUCCGGCGGCAGCAUCACCAGUUAUUAGACUAAAUGUGCGAAAGCAACCACAAGCGUUAGAUCUUAACGACGAAGAAGGAGUACAUUUACUAUCGGAAGCUGAACGAAGACUAUGUGAGACCUUACGGAUAUUCCCAAAAUCCUAUUUGGUGAUCAAAGAAACAAUUCUUAAAGAAUGGGCGAGAUCAGGUGGAACCCUACGAAGAAGACAAGCUAGAGGUCUUAUAAGAAUUGAUGUUAAUAAGACAGCAAGGAUAUACGACUUUUUUAUAGAGAUGGGUUGGAUACGACAGUUAUCUGAGAAUACUUCUAAUAAUUAG